AUGAGACUUGUGUCUUACACAUCCUCGUUCUUGGCGGCUCUCACUGCGACUGCGUUACUGAGAGUAUCCCCAGUAUUUGCGCAGACAUACAGCAAUUGCAACCCUCUCAAACAGAGCAACUGCCCGCCUGAUUCAGCACUGGGCCGUUCUGUCGAUAUUGAUUUCACAGAGGGCCAGUCGGACAGUUUUACGCCUUCAGGUAACCCUACAUAUGAUUCCAAUGGCGUCUCCUUUACCGUUGCCAAGUCCGGCGACUCCCCGCAGCUCACGUCAAAGUGGUACAUCAUGUUCGGCAAAGUCGAGGUGACCAUGAAAGCUGCUCCUGGCGCGGGUAUUGUGAGCUCCGUUGUGCUGCAAUCAGACGAUCUUGACGAAAUUGACUGGGAAUGGCUCGGUGCCGAUGACCCUGAGGUUCAAUCCAACUACUUUGGCAAAGGCCUAACCACCGACUACAAUCGCGGUGCCUUUCAUCAAGAUCCAAACAGCCAGGAAGAAUUCAAGACGUAUACGGUCGACUGGUCUGCGAAUCAAAUCGUGUGGCAGAUUAACGGACAAACUGUACGAGUUUUGACACCUGCUUCAGCCGAAGCAAACCAGUACCCCCAGACACCUAUGCAACUUAAAUUUGGUGCCUGGAGCGGCGGUGAUCCGUCCAAUUCUCCUGGUACUAUUCAAUGGGCACGUGGUCCGACCGAUUACAGCAAAGGCCCCUUUACUAUGAUUGUCAAGUCCAUUGCCGUGACGGACUACUCUACCGGAACCCAAUAUAAAUAUACCGGCACGGAUGGAACAUGGCAAGAAAUCGAUGCUGUAGGUGGCAGCGUCAACUCUCAAGGAGACGGAACACAGGUUGCCUCGUCAGCCGCACCGGCCAUUACAUCCAUGACCAAUGCCCCUGCACCCUUUGAAGGCACUCACCGCCAAACCACGAGCUUUUCCACUCCGAGCGUCUAUCCAUGGGUGCCAGGAUCAUCGACUCUAGCGACAAGCACCUCCUCCGUUCCGAGCUACUACCCCGGCAUGCCUAGUGGCUGGACGGUUUCGAGCAACGGCCACUUGAUUCCGCCAAGCUCGGCGCCUUCGACCUCCCCUCCCGAACAUACUAUCUCCUCGCUGCAAGCCUCAUCGCCGGCUUCCUCUGCUGCUCCUGGCGCCCCUGAAGGAGGCUAUAAGACAUAUACAACUUACGACCAGCGAGGAUUUUUGACAACUGUCACUAUCCCGGCUGCUCAAGCCACACAAUCCAAGAGCUACGAUCAACAGGGGUUUCUGAUAACAUCUACGCCGACAACCUUCUCGACUGCUACUACAGGUGGUUCAAGUUCUCAGAAAAGCGCCGCCGCUGAUGCGGCUGCUGCUGAAACUGCAGGGUCGUCCAAGUCGGUCACAUUGCUCAAUGCCCACCCUACCAGUGGCGCCGUGUCGAGGCACGUAUCCUUGUCGUCUUCGCGUGUGUCGCAGCCCAGUAUUCGGUCCUUUGUUCCAACAACCUUUUGGAUCAGCUUCAUCAUGUCAAUUUUAAUUGGCACCCUGGCCCUUUAG